AUUUGCCUUGAUCUGUUGUCAUAUUUUGUGUCAGAUCAGAGAAGAUGGCUUCAAUCAAUGCAACCGAUAGCGUGCCAGAAUUGGCCGGGCUUAACCUCUUUGAUUACAUCCGGUCUGUUGCAGUCAUCAUCAUGUUUUUUUGCAUGACAUUUUACGACCGAAGGACGUGGCUUUUGGCGGACAUCAUCGGUAGCUUCCUAAUGGGUGCUUUCCAUUUGUUCUAUCCGCAUAUUUACAUCAAAAAUUACAUUGCUGAGGACGACAUCGACAAUCUGCAGUGUUACCUAGUACAGGUGUUCUGCUGUAAUCUACUCGCAGAUGCAGCGUACAGGUUUUACGUCCGUAAAUCCCGCGAUCAUACAACCAUAUCAAGUUUGGUUUGGGGCAGGGUUCUGACAGUCUCGUUGAUGUUGAUGUUUGGGAUUUAUAUACGCUUGACCCCAAAGUUUUAUCUGAGGGCAGAGCAAUUCUCCUUCGUGUUGUUGGGGACAGUGGUGUGGCUAGUAUCCAGCGUGGUACAGCUACUGCGCUACGUCAGCCCCCUGGGAGGUGUGGAGAAGGGCGGCUUGGUCACAUGGUCCCUCAGAUUCGAGUUCCUGGUCUCAUUUGUGUUUGGACUCGCUCACAUUGCCUACCCGGGAUGGUUGCUCGGCUUCCAGGUCCGCAGAGCCCAAUUGUUUCACCGUUUUCUGUUGCGCAUGGUGGGCAUUUUGAGGAUUGGUCUGGUGGCGUUUCAGGCCCAGCAGGCCAUUGUCUUCCGAUAUGACAAGGACAGGAAUGCUUUCUUUAUCAGCAGGAUACUGGCUCAUGUACUGAUCGCUAUAUGCCUGGGCUAUAACUUCAUAUACGAGGACUUGUUCAACAAGAAGGAACUGCUUGCCUCGUGUGGCCUCUUCCUGAACGUGUUGCCUUGUCUUCUGGGACUGCUUGUAAGCCUCACAGGCUGGGGAAGGGGAGGCAACUCUAACCGCUAUUCAGGCUCCUCCUACAGCUCAUACUACACCAGAUCUAAGACAGGCUAUUAGAGAAGUAAUGAGCUCAUCUUGUACAAUGUCUUCAUUAUCUUCAGUAGAGUGUAGGCUUUCAAAUUUUACACAAAGUUGUUGAUUCUCAGUGAAGAAAAUUUUUAUAUUUGGUAUCGUGUUUGGAAAAUGAACAGUCUUUUGGAAAUGUUUUACAAUCAGCUGAAAAAUUUUCCGUUGUGAAGUGAUUGAUACUAAGUGGUUUGAUCAUUGUUCUGUUGUCUCAGAGCAGCUUGAAAUACUCGAGUGUUUGAAACUAAAUCAGUGUUUUGAACACUGUUAUUACUGACUUCUGGGUGCGUACUGAGCCUUGAAAACCAUGCGAAGCCUCGAAAUUGAAAGUAAUUUUCCAGGCCCCCGCAGUUGAAAAUAAGAUUGCAUAACCAGUCUUGUGUAAUUCUGAAGGAGUAUUUUUAUUUGUAGCCUCUUUGAAACUAAAAUCAUUGUACAUUGCUUUAAGCCUGUUGAAGUGUGGAAUUUGUGGAAGUGUAAAUUCGAAUUGAAGUGUAGUACCAUGUUUAUUGAUUGUUGUACCAUUUUACACUGCCAUCACCCUUUGUCUUAACUGCUAGGGAAAGCACAUUGGUGCUGUUUUAGAUUAUCACCUUUUUAAAGUGUUUUAGAACAUAUUUCAACGUGUUAAGAAUUUACUGUAUCCCAUAUACAUUAAUUUUGUUGUUGUUGUUGUUGAUAUUUUCCCCAAGGAGUGAACUUUAAAUCCUGAACACCUGUUAAUCAUGGUGGAAUUUUUAUAUUGAUGAUUUUGCUGUUUUUUAUCCUGUUUAUGGCAGAUCUCCUUUCCUUUUUGUAACAUCAGCAGGGAUUUUAAUCAAAUCUAAAAAUAUGCAAGUUCUGUUUGGCUUGUGUAUUCUAUACAAAGAAAGUAUUUUUCAUGAAGCUUUACUGUAAAGUCUUGCUUUCUGUUACACCAGUAGUUUUACCAACAUUUAUCGUCAUCAUACCUGUAUGAUUUUCAUGAAAUUUGGUGUGCGCAGGUUAAAGGUUGUGCCCCUUAUACAGAAACUCUGGUACAAGUUCUUCAUUUGGUUACUCCUAAUAGUGUUUGUUAUGUUCUAAAGCAUCAAGCCAUAAUAGUGUGUGCAUGUUGUGAUGUAAGAUUUACUGUGGCUGGGAAAACUGUGAAACAAAAUCAUUCUUUUAGGGAAAAAUUUACCAGGAAUCAAAAUGUUUGGCCAUUCACUCGUUUUUAAGACCUUAAGAUAACAAUCAUUUGAGAUGCAGGAUUUGACCUCAAAUUGAGUUCAUGCCAUCACAAAGAAUCACCCAAGUAUUCAUGAUUUCACACCCAUAAAUGAUUGCUGUAAUCUAUCUCAUUUUCACCUGGCUACAAUGUCUCUAAAGGCAGUUCACAUCUUUGAACCCUUCGACCUUGGAUGACCCUCAGUUUUAUUGACGUUUUUAUGAAUGAGCUCAAACUAUAAAACAUUUUGACCUCUGAAUUGCAUGUUAUCAGAUAGACUGUCAGUCCUAUCGCUUUUGAAGAAACUUGAAUUUGAGACUCAUGAUUUCACAUUGCA